AUGUACGAUCACCUCACUGAGGGAAGACUGCAAGGCGUGAUCGCUCCGCGUUGCUACGUGUCUCUCACCAUCGACCUAGCUUCCGAACACUUGCCCUUUCCUCUCUGGUCGAACGAUGACUACGACCUCGACGCGUUGCUUAGGCGCAGAGCGUCUGAUGACCCCAUUCGCGACGACACAUUGUUCGAUGAUGAUACGGACGAAUGUGCUAACGAUGCUCCAGGAACCAGGGAGCUCUCGCCAUGGAUCGACUGGCGUCCCGACCCAGACGAGCCACUCCUAUCUGUUCUCCUGAUGGCCCAUGGAGGGCAAAAGUAUAACAUGAACGAGGAUGAUUGGGACACAGACAAUCGGAAAGAUGUCCUGAGGGUUCUCGACGACUUGACCUCUGGGUUCAUUAUCCAUAAUGAUCUCCGGCCGGCCAACAUCAUACGUGCGCUGGCAGACACGAAGAUGUGCCGAGUGCAUAAGUGGAACCUGGCUGACUUUGCUUGGUCGAUCGCUGAUGACCCUCGGAAUGAAAACACAAAUUAUGAGUAUCUAGACGACAUACAGAGAGGCGCAUCCCGUGGGCUGGAGCCCACUGGUUGA